UUUUGGUCAACGGAUGAAAUCAAAUGCGAAUUUUCUCAGCUCAUGCAAACGACUCUGAAACUCUUUACCCAGAAAAAGACACUGAACCAUGAGUUGUCCUUCCAGCAUACAAGGUAGCCAAUAACUAAAAGCGAGGUGUUACUAAACUGAGCUGUUAGAUGAGAGGGGCAGAGAGAGAGAUGGAAGGCGGUGAAGAGGCAUGGCAAUGGCAGAUGAAGGAGAUGGUUUGGUCGGUGGCAGCCAUAGCGAUAAGUUGCACAGUUCUGAUAAUAUGGCAGAAGCUGUGGUUGAAGCCCCAAAGGAUACGAUCAGUUCUUCAUAAGCAAGGCAUAACAGGGCCAACAGGGUCCUUCCUUUUGGGUAAUCUCUCUGAGAUUCAAAAAAUCCAAUCACAGAUCUCCAAUCUCUCCUCUUCCUCAAUUCCAGACCAAUGGGUUCACUCUCUCUUCCCUUUUCUGCAUCAAUGGAGGAAACAAUAUGGUCCAAUAUUCCUGUAUUCUACUGGAAAUAAGCAGCAUCUGUAUGUGGGAGAUCCAGGAUUGCUCAAAGAGUUGAAUCUGACAAGAAGCUUGGAUCUUGGUAGGCCUUCCUAUUUGUCCAAGGCUUUGAAACCUAUGCUGGGAUAUGGCAUCAUCAGAGCUAAUGGGCACAACUGGUCUUUCCAAAGAAACCUUAUUGCUCCUCAAUUUUUCAUCUCCAAGAUUCAGAACAUGGUGGGUUUUAUGCAAGAAUCUACGAAGGAAAUCAUGAGGAAAUGGGAGAGGUGUAUAACAGAAAGUGGAGGGAAAGCUGCUGAGAUUGUGAUUGAUGAUGAUUUGAAGGCUCUUACAGCUGAUGUCAUUUGCAAAGCUUGUUUCGGAAGCUCUUAUGCGCAGGGCAAUCAAAUUUUUGCUAAGCUCGCUGCCUUGCAAGCCGCUCUUGCAAAACCAAACCUACUGUUUGGAUUUGCAAACCUCAGAUUUCUUCCGACCCAGGAAAACAGAGAGAUACGGAGGUUAGAGAAAGAGUUCGAGAAGCUAAUACUGAACGUGAUUGAAGAUCGUAAGCUGGAAAACCAAAGGCUUGUAAAUGAGAAUCGAAAGGACCUCUUACAGUUAAUGAUUGACAGUGCUGUUGACGCCGAUCUCAGUGGAUGGGGAAUCCUAAAGAAGCUGAGACGCAAACGCAAAACCACAAAACUGAUUGUGGAUAUGUGCUCCAACAUCUACUUUGCAGGAUCAGAGACCACUGCUCUCUCGGUUACAUGGACGUUGAUUCUUCUAGCCAUGCAUCCUCACUGGCAAGAACGUCUUCGAUCGGAGAUUCUUGAUACCUUCUCGAACAUGUCGCCUCAUAGCUUCCAAGACACCGAAAAAUUUCGAAACCUGAAACAAUUAACAAUGGUGAUUCAAGAGAGCCUGCGCCUGUACUCACCGGGAAUAAUAACAUCGAGAGAAGCAUUGGAAGACAUAAAGAUAGGUGAAGUGGUGGUCCCAAAAGGAACAAACAUAUGGAUCUUCAUGCUUGCACUGCACAGAGAUGCAGAGAUCUGGGGAGAAGAUGCUGACGAGUUCAGGCCAGAGAGAUUCGAAGGAGGGGUUGCAGAAGCUUGCAAGUACCCACAAGCAUACUUACCAUUUGGAUUUGGAAGUCGGAUCUGUGUAGGCCAGAAUUUUGCUUUGAUAGAGGUCAAGAUAAUGCUGUCGCUGCUUCUGUCUAACUUCUCCUUCUCCAUUAGCCCUAAUUAUCGCCAUUGUCCCUGCUUCAAAAUGCUCUUGAUGCCCAAAUAUGGUGCACCCCUCAUAGUUACCAAGCUCUAGUUUAUAUUGUGGAUCAACUGUAUAAUAAAUAAUCGCGCGCGCUCUCUCUCUGUUGUGCGCGCGCGCAAGCUUUGUAACCCUACGAAACUCGAUAGAAAUUAGGGAAAUUACGAUUCUGCUCAAGUAAUUUGAAGUUUUAAACACAAUAAGGUGUUAUAUUUCA